AACUCCUGCAUGGAGGACGGUAAUACACAAGGCCUUUUGAGGCUCCAGUGGUUGUGCAACCCUGGAUUGAUCCUAUUGCACACUGGGAGGAUGAGCUUGACACUCUUCGUAGCGUAGCGGCUACAACUGACGUUGAUGCAUCAACUCCAACUGAUUCGUCUACUACGGAGGAGGAAACGGAGAGCUUGGUUUGCUAUAAUGUAUUGAUAAUCCAUUAUGAAUACACUAUUAAUUCGUGUACAGCUCUCGACGCUCGGCGAACCAAGGGAUGGAAUUAUUCCUAUAUCUACUCCAGGUAGUGAGCAUGUCUUAACAGUAAAGAAGCUUUACUACGUUCCAGAAGUUCCAGAAUACCCAGACUCAGACGAUAAUGGAGUUGCUUAUCUUGUACAAACAACUGGGUUCGACGAGAAGCAGUACAAGAUGUCGUUUGAAAAUGUCCAAUUUUGCCACAAGCUCGCAUGGAAGGGCCCUUCAAAGAAUCAGCUCUUUAAUAACGUCAAGUGCAUAAGGUCAAAUCGGCUAUGUACAGGCGUGCGAUACUGCGAAUACCUAAGUCCAUCUAUUCGAGAUAUGACCUAUACAUCACUGCAGCCUGAGGAUUGGGAGAAGAUACAGAAUCAACGUGUGCAGCAUGGCUCAAGUACACUUCGAAAGCAAGCAAAUAGCUGAGAAUCACCAGAGCGGACCAUAUCAAACGUUCCUAUUCGAUAUGUUUCCUGCAUCAAUCAUACGGGCC